AUGUCCUCUCGGGGUAGUUUCCAGUCAUCGCGUAGACGUACUCGAACAACUCAAGUUUCAACAGUGGGAGAAGACUCUGCCAGCGAAGAGGAAGAAGAUUUGGUGGAAGAACCACCUGACAUCAUUGAAACAAGACCAGAUGACCCCUGGGAUGACGAAAUGAGUGAUGCAAUGCCCCAUCAACAGGCCAAUGAAGAGGAGGAAGACGAAGAUGAACCUGUGAGUGAGACAACUCUGAACAGUUUGAUUAGAGAACUGAAAUGGAAAUACGCAAGAGUGGAAAAUCCACAAAAUAAGCAGCUAGACUCCACAAUGCAACGAUUUUAUGAUGGCCCACAGGGCUUGCGACAUGGAAUUGCAGAGCCUUUUACAACCCCCUUUGACUGUUUCGAGCAUGUUAGUGGGGUAGACAGAACGCUGAUUGCUCGAUUGGCUGCUGGAUCAAAUGACUACUUCCAUCGAUUCAUCAAGAUCGAUCUAGAUCGAAACAAUCGCUGGCACGGUGUACGAUGGGAAGACAUUUCUAUUGAAGAAAUGUACAGAUUUCUAGGCAUCAUGCUAAAGAUAUCGAUGUUCCCAGUAGAUGAUGGUGGUUACGAGGCUUACUUCAGGAAAGAGAACAAGUACAUAUCACCAGGAGGAGGGGCACAACCAAUGGAAAUCUACGGCAGCUCUGACUGGGCCCACCAAUACAUGACUCUGAGUCGAUUCAAGCAGAUAAGAGGAGCAUUUCAUCCUGAAGAUAAAUCGGUCGGACUUGGAGGGGAUAAAUGCUAUCAAUUGCGACACCUCAUCAAUUCAUUCAACGCUGCCUCCUCUCGAACAUUCCAUGUGCCUAGAGAUCUUGCUUUCGAUGAGGGAGGAGUUGGUUGUCGCUCUCGAUACUGCCCAGUUCGCCAAUACAACAAAGACAAACCACAAAAAUUCAGAGUGGAUUUCUUCAUCUGCAGCUGUGCACGCACUUACCAGAUAUUGCAUCUGGACGUUUAUCAGGGAAGGAAUGGCAACAAUGUGGGGAUCCACGACGAUCUUGUUGAUCUCCCAACCACUCAGAAAGCAGUCGCCAAUGCUGCUUAUUCGCUGAAACUUCACCAGAGCCACACUGGAGCAAGACACAUCUCAAUGGAUAAUAGAUACCGGUGCCCCGAGUUGGCAGUGAUGCUUCGAGAAAAGUGCAAGUUGUACAGUACUGGUACUUGCCGGACCAAUAGAAAAGGAUGGAAAGAAGCAGAACUUGACUUGAAGAAGACGAACAGCAAUCGAGGAACAUCCAUCCUUGCAUACGACGAUCAAAACCGAGUCACAAUUUGUCAAUGGGUAGACUCGAAGGUGGUCAAUGUUGUUAGUACUUUGAAUGACGCUUCUAUGAAGAACGUGCAACGUCAAGUGGGGAGUAACAAAGAAACCUUCGAGUGUCCUGCUGUGCUUGUGGAAUAUCAAGAGGACAUGGGUGCUAUUGAUCGCAGCGAUCAAAUGAGAGGUCACGAGGGUGGCUUUUCGCAGAAAGCCCACUUCAAAAAGUGGUACAAGAAAUCCUACCUGGCAAUUGUCGACUGUUGGCUAUUGAACUCAUUGAUUGCAUGGAAUCUCUCUUGUGGGGAUGCUGCGUUGCAUCGGAGAAGGCUGAAACGGCAACAGUUUUAUCAAUACAUUGCACAGAGUCUUCUCAAUUUCAAAGACACCGUCGCAAAUCCUGUAGCUGCAGUUGUUGUGCGAGAAGCUACUCAAUAUCAAUUUGCAGAUGGAGCAAGAAGUCGUCUGCCACAGAAAGCUUCUCGAGCCAACACACGAUGCUCUGUUUGUCGAUUGGAACAACAGUGGGUAAAGUCUCUGGGCGAAAAGGGAAUGACUUCUGAUGUUGCUACCUGCAGCGAUUGUGGCGUCAGUGCGCACGCAGUUGUUCUAACUGAUUCCAAUCGCCAAAUCCACCAGUUGCAUCAAUUCCGAGGCCUUUCAUGUUUCCAGAUCAUGCACUCGGUGGAAGGGUAUCAGCUGUGGAAGAGAACGACUAAGGGAAGAAACAGUUUCGAGCCCAGCUAUACUCACCCAAUUAGACUACAGCUUCGACAGUUUCACAACUUGCCCCCAGAACGUGCCGGGAAGAGAAAGCGAGACAAUGCAGAAGGGAAUGAUGAGUAUUUCGGCAAUGAGGAUGGGGACGGUUAA